AUGGCUGGUGAGGAUGUACGUUAUGACUGCUAUGCUAAGCACCAUGAGACAGUUCCAUUUGAUGAGAUAGCACUAUAUUCUGGAUGGCUGGCCGCCAGCUCAACCGUUGCAGUACGUUAUCUUCCAGAGCGCGUCUUGCGUCAGUUUGGCUACGCAGAGACGAUACCUCACGACCCUACUGUCUCCGCUCCUAUCGCCAUGACCCGUCGGCAUUUAGUUGAGGUCUUUGCAGACUGGGAGCAUUACAUGGUUCAUGCAGAGGCUCAGGCGACGAGAGUAGAGAGCGACUGGAGCUGCGUCGAGGGACAUCGUGCAAGAACUAGUGGGGCACUUGAAGCUAGAGGCAGAGCCAGCAGAAGGCGUGGUGGAUGCAGAGGCGGUGGCGGGGCCAGAGGCAGAAAAGAGGCGUAG